AUGUGCCACAUCCCAGUCUUCUGCUGGAUCACUGCUACAGUUCUGGAGGAGGUGAUGAAAAACAGAAGGAGAGGAGAGCUGCCCAAGACCCUGACUGAGAUGUACAUCCACUUCCUGGUGGUUCAGUCCAAACUGAAGAAGGUCAAGUAUGAUGGAGGAUCUGAGACAGAUCCACACUGGAGUCCAGAGAGCAGGAAGAUGAUUGAGUCUCUGGGAAAACUGGCUUUUGAGCAGCUGCAGAAAGGAAACCUGAUCUUCUAUGAAUCAGACCUGACAGAGUGUGGCAUCGAUAUCAGAGCAGCCUCAGUGUACUCAGGAGUGUUCACACAGAUCUUUAAAGAGGAGAGCGGCCUGUACCAGGACAAGGUGUUCUGCUUUGUCCAUCUGAGUGUUCAGGAGUUUCUGGCUGCUCUUCAUGUCCAUCUGACCUUCAUCAAGUCUGGACUCAAUCUGAUGUCAGAGGAACAAUCAACCUCAUGGAGGUCUAAACUGUUUAGAAACAAAUCAAGACAUUUCCACCAGAGAGCUGUGGACGAGGCCUUACAGAGUCCAAAUGGACACCUGGACUUGUUCCUCCGCUUCCUCCUGGGUCUUUCACUGCAGACCAAUCAGACUCUCCUACGAGGUCUGAUGUUACAGACAGGAAGUGGCUCAAAGACCAAUCAGGAUACAGUCCAGUACAUCAAGAGGAAGAUUGAAGAGACUCCCUCCGCAGAGAAAAGCAUCAACCUGUUCCACUGUCUGAAUGAACUGAAUGAUCGUUCUCUAGUGGAGCAGAUCCAACAGUCCCUGAGAUCAGGACGUCUCUCCACAGAUAAACUGUCUCCUGCUCAAUGGUCAGCUCUGGUCUUCAUCUUACUGUCCUCAGAAGAAGAUCUGGACGUGUUCGACCUGAAGAAAUACUCUGCUUCAGAGGAGGCUCUUCUGAAGCUGCUGCCAGUGGUCAAAGCCUCCAAUAAAGCUCUACUGAGUGGCUGUAACCUCUCAGAGAGAAGCUGUGAAGCUCUGUCCUCAGUCCUCAGCUCCCAGUCCUCUAGUCUGAGAGACCUGGACCUGAGUAACAACAACCUGCUGGAUUCAGGAGGUAAUAUGCUGUCUGCUGGACUGGAGAGUCCACACUGUACACUGGAGACUCUCAGACUGAGUGGCUGUAACCUCUCAGAGAGAAGCUGUGAAGCUCUGUCCUCAGUCCUCAGCUCCCAGUCCUCUAGUCUGAGACACCUGGACCUGAGUAACAACAAUCUGCUGGAUUCAGGAGGCAAUAUGCUGUCUCCUGGACUGGAGAGUCCGCACUGUACACUGGAGACUCUAAGUCUGAGAGACUGUAACCUCUCAGAGAGAAGCUGUGAAGCUCUGUCCUCAGUCCUCAGCUCCCAGUCCUCUAGUCUGAGACACCUGGACAUGAGUAACAACAAUCUGCUGGAUUCAGGGAGCAAUCUGCUGUCUGCUGGACUGGAGAGUCAACACAGUACACUGGAGACUCUCAGUCUGAGCAGCUGUAACCUCUCAGAGAGAAGCUGUGAAGCUCUGUCCUCAGUCCUCAGUUCCCAGUCCUCUAGUCUGAGACACCUGGACUUGAGUAACAACAAUCUGCAGGAUUCAGGGGGCAAUCUGCUGUCUGCUGGACUGGAGAGUCCAAACAGUACACUGGAGACUCUCAGACUGAGCAGCUGUAACCUCUCAGAGAGAAGCUGUGAAGCUCUAUCCUCAGUCGUUAGCUCCCCGGCUUCUAGUCUGAGACACCUGGACCUGAGUAACAACAAUCUGCUGGAUUCAGGGGUCAAUAAGCUGUCUGCUGGACUGAAGAGUCCACACUGUACCCUGGAAACUCUCAGUCUGUCAGGAUGUCUGGUCACAGAGGAAGGCUGUGCUUCUCUGGCCUCAGCUCUGAGCUCCAACCCCUCCCACCUGAGAGAGCUGGACCUGAGCUACAAUCAUCCAGGAGACUCAGGACUGAAGCUUCUGUCUGCUGGACUGGAGGAUCCAGACUGGAGACUGGACACUCUCAGGUAUGUACAGGCCUGCUGCAGACACACACACUGUCUGAUGGAGGAGGAAGAGCUGAAACAGUUUCU